CUGCGCUAUACCCCACUGCGGGGCUCUGAUCGGCAUUGGGCGCUGUUUCUUCGUCGGGUCUAUUGCUCCCGCGAUGGACAGUCUACAUCAUGACAAAAUGAUCUGAAUAACAAGCGCCUCUCCAUUUGAGGGCGCUCACAUUCCCGCAACUGCAGCCGUGCCCGUCACUCAACCGCUCAUCGCAAAGAUGCCUCACGUCGAGGAAGCCAUCCAGCUGCCCCGGGACUUCGAAGGCUUCGGCGAAGCCAGCCACGACUGCCAAUGGCCCAACGGCGCCCGCAUCGCAGUCUCCUUCAUCCUCAACUACGAAGAGGGCGGCGAGCGCAGCUGGUACGACGGCGACAACCUCAGCGAACCGUAUCUAUGGGAGAAGGGCGCGGGCUGGGCGAAAGAAGGCGGCCGCUACGUCAAUUCCGAGCAGGACUUCGAGUACGGGAGCAGAGUCGGCUGUUGGCGCAUUUUCCGCCUCAUGAAGGAGUUUGGGUGGAAGAUGACGCUGUGGGCCAUCGCGAAGGCAAUGGAGCGGAACCCCGAGUUCGCGAAGGCGUGCGUGAGGGAGGGGCAUGAGAUCGGGGCGCAUGGUCUGCGCUGGCUCGAAUUCUGGGACUACGACCUCGAAGCCGACAAACAAUACAUCCGCGACACGUGGACGGCGCUGCACGCCGCGACGGGCUCGCUCCCCGUGGGUUUCUACUUCGGCCGCGGCACGCCGAACACGCACGCGCUGGUCCCGAUCGUGCUGAAAGAAAUGGGCCACGCGCUGCUCUACAGUAGCGAAUGCUACAAUGACGACGUGCCCUACUGGGUCGACCUGCCCUGGGAAGCCAAUCUCCCGCCGGAGCAGCGCGAAGGCAUGCUCAUGCUGCCGUACAACUACGACUGCAACGACGGCAAGUUCCACAUGAGCCCGGGGUUUGUGACAAGCGCGGGGCAGACUUACGAGGCGUAUUUGAAGAGCACAUUUGAUAUGCUGUAUCGCGAGGGCGGGAAGAUGAUGAAUGUUCCGAUGCAUGCGCGGAUUGUGGGGAAGGCGGGGAGGGCGGAGGCGCUGCGGAAUUUCAUGAGGUAUGUUAGUGAGAAGGAGGGCGUUUGGGUGGCGACGAGGAGGGAGAUUGCGGAGCAUUAUCGAGAGAGGUUUCCGUAUAAGCCGGGGAGCAGGGCUGGUGGGGAGUAGAUGGAGGUGGUGUAUGUUCGCGAA